AAUCACCCAUGCUUUCGGACUUAAUAUUUUUUCCUUCUUAUUAGCCAUCCAUCCUUCGUCCUUUUAAGCCGCCUGUUCCUCUCCCCGUCUUCAUCACCCCAUUACUUUCCUUUUCACUUCUCUCCACUCAAUCAUCAUCAUCAUCAUCAUCAAACCAUGGCAACCUCCGCCUUUUCACUCAAGUUCAGAGCCGCCGCCUCCUCCUCAACCUCUCCACUAGCCUCAGGCUCCAACCGCCGUCUGUCAGAAACAAGAAGUCGUCCGACACUCUGUCUCCAACGCUGUAGAUCUCCAACCGACCUCAAACUGCAUAGUUUGUUUUCCCCUGCACCGAUCCGCAGGAUCAGGCCAAUCUCCGCCUCCCUAUUCUCCAAGCAAACUCCACCCGGCUCCUCCCGGCAGAGCGAUGUCCAGGAGCUACAUGUGUACGAGAUCAACGAAAGAGACCGCGGAAGCCCUGUCUAUCUCCGCUUAAGCCAGAAGGAAGUCAAUUCCCUAGGCGAUCUCGUCCCCUUCAGCAACAAGUUGUACAGCGGGAAUCUGGACAAGAGGCUUGGCAUAACAGCCGGGUUAACUGUUCUGAUCCAAAACGUGCCCGAGAAAGGGGAUAGGUAUGAGGCGAUCUACAGCUUCUAUUUCGGAGAAUACGGGCAUAUCUCGGUUCAGGGUUCUUAUCUAACCUACGAGGACACUUACCUGGCGGUGACCGGCGGCUCCGGCGUCUUCGCCGGAGUUUCUGGCCAGGUCUUGCUUCACCAAAUCGUUUUCCCUUUCAAGCUCUACUAUACCUUCUAUCUGCAGGGCAUUCCAGAUCUCCCCGAGGAGCUCAUCUGCACGCCUGUGAAGCCCUCUGUGACGGCAGAGCCGAGCCUGGCUGCACAGGCGGCUGAACCCCACGCUGCACUAAAACAAUUCACGGAUUAAUUAAUUGAUCUUUGUCGUUUGUACUAGGUCUUCAUCAGUGUUGUUCCCAGCUUGCAAUGCAUUAGGAAUGGUCUUGUUAUCUUAUUAUCUUAAUGGCUGUUCUCCAUAUUGUUUUUUAA